AUGAACGCCAGAUACCGCAUAGCAAGGGUCGACAAGACGCCAGAAGAGGCUCGAGAAUUUGCCAUCAUACAUGGCUCUUCCUUCCGAGGCACAAGGCUGGGCGAUCUCGUCUGUCCGCUCGGCUAUGACGAAGAGAUGAUACAGUGGCAGACACGCAACUGGCUGCGCUUCUUCACCGAAGAUGACACGCACAUACUCAAGGCUGUCGACACAAAGACGGGCGAGAUUGUCGGCUUCUGCAAAUGGAGGGAGGUCUGGCAUCCUGCCCGGCCAUCGACCACAGAAGCCAUCGCUUCCCAAGCACAACAACACUAUCCUGAACCUGUCCGACUCGAUUCGACAGUCUUUGAGCGCUUUCAGGUCGGCAAGAAGCAGGUCUUUGCAGAAGCACUCGCUCAUCUGCCCCACUAUUGCUACCUUGUCCUGCUCAGCACCGCCCCGGCCUCCCAAAAGUCAGGCAUAGGAAGGACUAUGAUCCGAGAAUGUCUUCACUGGGCUGCCGAGCGAGAUUUGCCGACCUACCUGGAAUCGUCGAUCAAUGCACAGACUUGGUAUCGCUCUCUGGGCUUCGAAGACAUCGCCACACUCUACUACGGCGACGACAGAGAGCUCGACUGCUUACCGUGCAUGCUCCUGCCAUCUCCACAGGCAAGUCGUGAUGCCAUCAUCAUUCUCGCUCAAGCAGAACGCACCACUGCAGAAGCACAUCGACUGGCGGAUCUGCACUCCGAGGCUUUCGCUUACACUCCCUUUGGUCUGAGGUGCUAUCCGAACGGCUUGACCUCCAAAGUCCGCGACUACUGGCGAAAGCGAUAUGAAGCGGUCGUACUUGACAGCGCGAUACAUAUCGUCGUCGCUAGAGAUAGUCACUCAGGCGAGCUCCUUGGCUUUGUUGAUUGGGAAAGACGUGCGGCAGAUUGGCUCGGUAGCGAAUACACCCCUCAAGAGGUAGAGAUCAUGCCCGCGCACGAUAUGGACACAGAUCUCGUUCGCCUGCGACGGACGGGCGAGAACGCAACGGCCAAACGGUGCUUGCUAGGGACAGAGACAUGCUAUCUGUCGACUGCAGUGGUCAAAGCAUCGCACGGAGGUCGCGCGAUCGGGACGAGGCUUUUGCAAGCAUGUCUCGAUUGGGCAGAUGCUGAGCGACUGCCGACCUACUUGUUUUCCUCGCCACAGGCUUACGCCCUCUACGCACGGCUGGGCUUUCGCGAGAUAGACCAUUUCUUGUAUGCAGACGACCCCACGUGUCGACUACCCCUCAUGCUCAGACGACUGUAA